GGGUAAUCCAAGUAAUUUCACAUCCACUUCCCCCAGUAAUGAAAACUUAAAUAAAAGGAGUCGCCAUGGAAGACCAAAAAUGUUACUGAAAUCAGGGACAAUUGUAAUCUUCUCGUUGGUUCUUUCCAGCACAAUUGUCUUUUUAGUGUUCUUCCAGCCAAAUCCAUCUCCUUCUCAAAAACCACGACCCAUGGCCCGUAGCUUUAUUCUAUGGCUUCAUGGAUUAGGUGAUUCCGGUCCUGCCAAUGAGCCUAUCAAAACUCUCUUCACUUCUCCUCAGUUUGCCACGACCAAAUGGUCUUUUCCUUCUGCUCCUAAUAACCCAGUCACCUGCAACUAUGGUGCCGUAAUGCCUUCAUGGUUUGACAUCCAUGAGAUUCCCGUAACAGCUGAUUCUCCAAAAGAUGAAAGUGGUUUGCUGAAAGCAGUUCGGAAUGUGCAUGCGAUGAUAGACCAGGAAAUAGCUGCAGGGACAAAUCCUAACAACGUAUUUGUAUGUGGAUUUAGUCAAGGAGGUGCCUUGACCUUGGCUAGUGUUUUGCUGUACCCGAAAACUCUUGGAGGGGGUGCAGUCUUCAGUGGAUGGGUUCCUUUAAAUUUUUCUAUGAUGGAACAGAUUCCAUCAGAUGCAAAAAAGACACCUUUUCUGUGGUCACAUGGAAUUGCUGACAGAACAGUAUUGUUUGAAGCUGGACAAGCGGGGCCCCCUUUCCUUGAAAAAGCUGGCAUAAGCUGUGAGUUUAAGGCAUAUCCUGGUCUUGGCCAUUCAAUAAGCAACGAGGAGUUGCAAUAUCUGGAAUCAUGGAUUAAGACUCGACUGCAAACUUCUUCAGAGGUCUGAGUGACUGGGCAUACAAAUAAUCAUUGCUAAAUGUUAUUAUUUGUCAUGGUUUUUCAUCAUAUAUGCUGAACCAAGUCUCCAGUUAUGCGUUAUGGCAGUAAAAUUAACUUUAAGAAUAUCCACACAAAAAAAAAGGUCGUAAGCAUUCUUUUUGCAGACUUAUGCUUGAAUUAAUGUAGCGUUGUUUUGAAAUUUCAUCUAUCCAGAGGAAAACGGUAACUCACCCCUUGUGGCUUAUAUGGUCUUGCCUUGCUCUAUAAAACAUUGAGAGCAUUUGCUCACUGCUAAAUGAAGUUCUUACACAUCCA